AUGACGCGCACGAAAAAGGGCCUCAAGCAGUUGCGCGAGCAAGAGCGAUCAGCGAGCGUGAUGAGCGUGAUGGGUGGACGAGCAGCCGACUCGUCCAGCGCAGCAGCUCCUCGCGCAGCAGCAGCAGGUCCCUCUCGCGACGCAUCCAUCACGUCUCCAAGCUCUCCGCGCAAGAGACCGCGAUUGGCCACGACUGUUUCACCUCUCCAGCCGGCGCAGAGCGGCGUAUUGCAUUCCAUCAAUGCGUGGCGACGGGUCAUGAAUUCUGCAGAGGAAGAGGAUGCGACUUUGAAGUGCGAUGCUGUGCUGAGCGUCAAACGCGGCUGGAAUGAAAGGUAUCAAGAGUUGUGCUUGAUCGAGACGACGGCGAGCGGGGCACGACUGCAUCUGGCCGUGCACCACGAGCUGGCUGGUCCGGUAGCCGAGUUCCUCUUGAGCUCGCCCAACUCUUGCAGCGCCUUUUGCAUUUCCAGCAGAGGAGGCAGCGCGUGCUCCAUCACCAAACCCGGCACCAGCGAGCCCAUUUUCGAAUACAAACGGGGAACAGUGCGCAUCAAGGCGUUGUGGAAGGAGGAUCUGUGGUGCGUCAUGGAUGAAGAGCGGGCGCAACAGCAUGCCUCGUCGCGUGCGGUCAUGGCGAGCAGCAGUCCGGAAGCGAUGCAGCCCUCCAGCAGCAGCAGCAGCACCACGCCUUCCAUUGGAGACGCAGCCGCAUGGCUCAAGACUCCCGCUUGUCCGGAUGUGAGAGGCAGCGCUGCGCUGCCACGUCUCCCCGCAACUUCAGCAAGCGAGAGCGCAUUGCUAGGCCCCGCAGCCAAACGAACCGUCGGAGGGACGGUGUACACGCCGCUUUCGCUGUGCAAAGGCUCGGGGAUGCUCUUCAACAUGCUGGGAGUCAUUGUGACUGAUCGCGAGCCUAGGCGGUGCGGCUCAGGGACUGGAGACCCGAUGCUCGCAGUGGGCCUUCGGGACGCUUCUCUGCCCUCUGACAGCUUGACCAUCAACAUGUUUGCGGACAGCUCGGCCGACUUGCCUCAUCCCGCACCUAUCGGUUCGGUGCUGCUGCUCCGGAGUAUCAAGAUGCAAGCGCUAGCGGGAGUCAAGUACAAAGAUCGAGGGGACUGGGCUUUGUUGCACCCGAGCGCUGGACUUGUCACUUCGAGGACACUGAUCAAGGCGAUCACCCCAUCUGAGCAGGAAGCUAUGCAAAGUCUAGCAGCUUGGCACCUCGAUGCGCCUCUCGCUACCGCCAGCAAAAGAAGGCAGAUCCAACUUUGCGAUCUGCAAAAAGGAACGUUUUGCGAUGUGGUGGUGGAGGUGGUCAAGGUGUUCAUACCGCGAUCGGAAACGAUGCAACCGCCAGAGGUGUACGUGACGGACUAUACGUGCAGCGCCAUGCUUUUGCGCGCAAACAAUUUCAAAUUGGGAGACAUGACGCCGGAAGAGGUGGAGAGGGAUAGGGAGAGGGGCAAAGAGGGAGGUGGAUAUGUUUGUGCGGUCAGCUUGUUCGAUGCGCAGACUUUGGCCGCUCAAAGUCUGUGUGGGGGGGAUGUUGUUAGGAUGGCGAAUUUGAAACCUAAAGAGCAGCCUGGCGGAAUGCUUAGCGGCGUGCUGGGUGGUAGAAGAACGAUUACGGUCCUUAGACCCGAGAAUCCGGAAGCUGUACAGAUUGCAGAUCGCAAGAGGCGAGUGAUGGCACAGCGACAGCAAGAGAGGCAGCUGCUUCAUUUGCGCGAUGAUGAGGAUAGUGACGACCAGGAGUGUCUGCGCGCAGCCGAUGCGGCCGAGGAGGAGCACAGUCGGACAUUGUCUGAAGCCUCGCGCGAGUCAUCACCCGCAAAUCAGGUGGAGGAACGAUUGGGGACGAUGGAAAGACACCGAGGCGUACUGGGAGAGGUGCAAAAUUCGAGCGGCAGUGCGAGUCGUACGCAAGACACGUCGAGCGCAUCGCAGUCUGCCAAUGAGCGGACGAUCAAGCCUGAACCAAUCUCUCCAGCGCGCAAUCGGACCGCCCCGGGCCUCGCUCCGGUGCAUUGUAUGCUGUCCAGCACCAAGCCCAUCACUUUGCUAGACGAAAUCUUUGAGGAGAAGGAUGGCGAAAAGAGCAAGGGAGCAUUGCGCGUGCGCGUCAGGGCUGUGGAUUGCAAGCCGGAUGAUGUGGAUCUUUGGGUACGCGUUACGUGCGAGAUUUGCAAAGAACAAUUGCCAAAGGACAGGUCUUUUUGCGCCGCAUGCGCCGACGAAGAAGGUUCGCAUUUAUCUUACAAGUACCUCUUUAGUCUGCUAGUGAGGGAUGCAUCGGACGAGUCGGCAAAGUCGAACAAGGGCAAAUGCUUGCCUGUAGUGUUCAGCGGCGAAGCAGCUGAUCACUUUUUGAAUGGUCUGAGCGCUCGUCAAGUACGCAACGAUUCCCGCGCGCUCUUGAAGCUCCGAAAAAGACUGGUGAGGAUUCUGGGCAGAUGCAAAGCUCUUGGUUUGCCAGAGGACGAAGCAGACGAUCUGGCUAUGCCGUUCGAGAUGGGUGUAUUCGUAGAGAAACCGCCCGGAGGAGGCUCUAUAAGGGCCAGAUUGCUCAAAGGUAGCACAUUGGAGAAAUAG